AAACACCAUGCAUGCAUAUUCUCCUCUCUCUCAAGCUUCAAUCUCCAUUUCAUCAUCAUCUCUUUCUCUCUUGUUUGUUAAACAUAAUAACCUUAGUUUGGAUAUACAUACACAUUUUUAGUAUUCCUCAUAAAACCUAAAAACUUGAAUUACGAACAGUGUUAAGCAUUAUGGCUCGGUGCUCUUCAUCUUUAGCUAUUGUUCUUGGCUUGUUCAUUGUUACUACUUUCACUAUUAAUACAGCCCAAAGCCGAAUAGCCAGGAAAGACCUGGGUUUGGAUUUGGGAGGUGGUUUAGGACUUGGAAUUGGAGUAGGUACUGGUAUAGGAUUAGGUGGAGGUGGUUCUGGUUCCGGCUCUGGUUCUGGAUCCGGGUCUGGAUCUGGUUUUGGUGCAGGAUCAGGAGCGGGUUCCUCCGCUGGUUCUGGUGCAGGAUCAGGAGCAGGUUCGUAUGCGGGUUCUAGUGCUGGUUCAGGCUCAGGAGGGGGUGGAGGUGGUGGUGGAGGUUCUGGUGGUGGAUCGGGUUCUGGCCGUGGACAUGGUGAAGGUUAUGGUGCAGGAUCCGGAUCAGGUGGUGGUUCGGGUGGAGGUGGAGGUCGUGGUUCCGGUUCUGGAUCAGGAUAUGGAGAGGGCUAUGGGGAGGGUUCAGGAUACGGUAGUGGUCAUGGAAAGUGAAUUGAUACUAAAUACAGUUUAAAAAACUACUUAGGAGUUUAAUUAGUGAUAUCUAAAUAAAUCAUCAUGUACCUAAAUAAAGAAAUUAAGGGUAGCAUAUCUGAAUGCAGCUUCUACCAGUUAAUGUAAUGUAUUGUGUUUUUUACUUUGAAGUUCAUUUUGUAAGAGUUUGGUUUGUAAUACUUGUUUCAUACUGAUUGAAAAUAAAUGAAUAUUUGGAUCUUUGUGGAUUUUAUACA